CUACUCUCUAGGCCGACGUUACGACAUCUCGGAUCUUUUUAUUUGAUUCAAUCGAACGUGCAUGUUAAUCGGAUGCAACAACUGGAAAAAUGAAGAUGGCGGACGGAUGUGUAUUCUUUAGAAGAAAUAGACCCGGAACCGCAGCAAAGAGUUUCUGUAGGUGGCCCGAUGAACCCUUUGAAGAAAUGGAUAGCACAUUGGCUGUGCAACAAUAUAUUCAACAGAUGAUUAGAAGAGAUCCAUCUAAUGUUGAUCUAAUAUUAAAAAUGCCAGAAGCGCAAGAUGAAGCAGUAUGGAAGUAUGAACAUUUAAGACAGUUCUGUAUGGAACUAAAUGGUUUGACAGUAAGGUUGCAAGCAGAAUGUCAUCCAGAGGCUUGUACUCAAAUGACAGCUACUGAACAAUGGAUAUUUCUUUGUGCUGCACAUAAAACACCCAAAGAAUGUCCAGCUAUUGAUUAUACGCGACAUACACUUGAUGGUGCAGCUUGUUUACUUAACAGUAACAAAUAUUUUCCUAGCAGAGUAAGUAUCAAAGAAUCUUCAGUAGCAAAACUUGGAUCUGUUAGUCGCAGAGUUUACAGAAUCUUUUCCCAUGCAUAUUAUCAUCAUAGAACAAUAUUUGAUGAAUUUGAAAAUGAGACUUUUCUAUGCCGCAGGUUUACAGCAUUUGUGACAAAAUAUAAUUUGAUGUCGAAAGAAAGUUUAAUAGUACCAAUUAUGGAAGAGGAGGGAACGACAGAAAGUGAAGCGUAGGACUUGAAUGUUUAUUUAUAUUGUCCAAAAUUGAUUUGUCAGAUUUAAUGAAAUCGUUGGUAAUAUUGAUAUGUUACUGAAAUAUCUUUUGUAGUUCCAACUGUAAGAGCAUUGGAAAGUUUUGGUAAUCCGUUUAGAAAUAUUUUACUAGAAUUUCUUGUUAUUAAUUGAAUCAAUACAAUUUAAAACUAUCAUCACGUUUAAAACUACAUGUUUGCAGUAUUUAUUAAAAAUGAAUUCAUUUUAAACAAUAUAUUCUAUACAAGGUUAAAUUCUGUAUCAAUAAAUAUUACGUUUUUAAUAUAAUACAGUAAUUUAGAAUGAAAGAAUUUGACAAGAAAUUCAAGUAAAUUUAGAGUAAAAAUAUUCAAUUUUUUUGGUAGUACUUUAUUAUGUAUCUUAUAUCUUCUCCUCUUUAGUAUUAUUAUAAAUUUGUAUAAAAAUAUUUAAUUUUAUUAUAACUACAGUGCAGAGCCUAACUGUAACAAUGAUAGUGAAAAAUUGUUGAUAAUUUAAACUGACAUAAUUUCGCAAAAAAAUCAUAUAACGAUCCAGUUAGUCUUAUUUUAAAACGCAAGACCUUGACAAUCGAGAGCUUGUUUUUUCGAUUUUACAUCAUGUUACAUCAGCGGAUAGGAAAGUGGGGAUACUUUUUUUCGAAAAUUGUAAAAAUUAUGUCUAACAACAUUAGAAAAAAAGUCUUCACUUUCGUACAUAAUGUAAAAUUAUUUUCAGAAAAAAUGAACUUACGAUUAUCGAAGUGGACAUUUUUCGUCAUUGAUACAGUUACGUUAUCACUGUGUAUAAAUUUAUAUUUCUCUUUAUAAGUAAGUUAAUUACGAUAUAUUUGAUUAAUUUUUUAUUAAAUAUCGACAUUUUUUUUUCUUACUUUAAAUCAUCUUGAGAAAAUGAGUACAUUUAAUGUAGCAAAAGUCAUCAGUAUGACGUAACUAUAAUCAUUGUGCAGUAACCAAAUUAAGCACUUAUAUGCAUUAUUAGCAAUGAUAAUAAAUGUUGUAGUGUUCUUAUUUAUAACAUAUUUAUCUUACGUGGGAUUGAACUUGAAAUGUUGUACUUUUUCCUCCUGUUAUUGAUAUAACUCUCAAUAAGGAUGUUACAUUUUUAUCGUCUGCGAAGUAUUGAACUUAAGAAGAAUGAUAGAAUUAUCAGGGCACUCACAAACUAAGACUAGAGAAUACAAGUAAACAUAAUUUAUCAAUUCGUUUUAUAAUCAUAUGUUUUUAUUAUUCGACAAUUUGUUUAACAAUUAAUAAUUCCACCAAUAACAAGGUUGAAAGUGUUCUCUAAUUUUAUUAAGAAAAAACAAUAUCAGUGCCGGGAAAUUAUCUAUACUACUGCCGAAAACGUAAGUUCUAAUAAAUAGUUCACACUAAUAAUUAAUAUAAAACAUAGGAAAAUUGAAAGAAAAAUUACACAUACUUCGGAAACUAUUGCCUUUCGGUUUAUUAUAUCAAUGUAUCAAUUGCGAUUAAUUCAAAAAAGGUUUUUUUGUAAGCUUAUACGAAUUUGAUACAAAAAAUAUAUUAUUAAGAAAGCAGAGAAAUGUAAAGUGUUCUUUCUUCCAGUUUCACCAAUGGUGAAAAAAAACAAACAUCGUGAAAGAAUUUUUAAGCAAUUUCAUUUAUUCUUGAUGAAAUGUGAUUUUUGCUAAUUGUCUAUUGCGAGUAACUUUUUCUAAAACUAAAGAAAAGAAAAAUCGUGAAAUUAAAUCUCUGUAGAAGGCACUGUAAUUUUCAUAGUACAACACUGUAUAUAUAAUUUGUAAAUAAGAAACUCGACAGGAUCAGUUAACAGAAGAUCGAAUCGACAGAAAUAAAAUCGGCUGAAAUCGCGUGAUUAUUUCUGUAAUAAAUAUGCAUGUACUGACAAAAAAUAAACUUUUUACUUGAUAUGAACUUAACUAUGUUACAUCUUUACGAUUUAUGAUCAACAAUCAUACGACGAGGAAUUAGAAUUUUUACAAAUAUACAAAGUUUUGAAAAA